UGGGAAGAAGUGGUAGAACAAAAAUAUUCUCUUCAACUACCAGAGCAUAAAGUUAUUAUACCAGAGGCCGAUGAAAGGACUGUCAAUCAAUUGAAACAAGUCCCACCCUCUUGGACAUUAAUACAAGAUGAAGCUCUUGUGAAGUUAAUGUCACUGCAAAUGACUGCUGAUAAUGAUACAUUAGGAAGCAUUAAAAAUGUUGUGGAAUCCUUGGAUGUAUCCACUUCAUGUGAUGAAGAUGGUGCAGCCAAUUUAACUGAUAAUGAUCCUGAUACAUAUUGGGAAAGUGAUGGAACUCAGGGUCAACAUUGGAUACAGCUACGCAUGAAGAAAGGAACAAUAAUCAAAAAAUUAAGUAUAACACUGUGUAGUAGUGAUGAUAAUUAUUUACCAAGUAAUAUACAAGUCCAGGUUGGAGAUGUAGACAUGAAAAACCUGGCCACAGUCAACCCUGACCGAAUAAAUGGUAAACAAGAUGUUGUUUUAUUAUCUAACUUAACAGAACAUUAUCCCAUUGUGAAAAUCAGAUUCAAAGAAUGUAAAUCAGGUGGAAUAGAUACAAGAGUUCGUGGUAUAAAAGUCAUAGCGACUGGGGAGAAAAGCAACACGUAUGAUAAAGACUUCUUCAGUAGUGAUAAUUUAGUUCGGUUUCCAAGGUUACAAGCGUACAGUGCUGAUCAACUGUAUAAUAGGUCCCAAUAUGUAUUUUCCAGGUUUAUUACGUUAUUAGACAGUAUAUUACAAUAUAUUAUACCAGCCUGGAAUACAUCAGCUCAUAACAAAAACCCUCUAGAGGGUAUCCGAGGAUUAUUACCACUCUCUAAAAGAAGAAUGGCUCUAGUUGAUACAUGUUUAAAAGAUUCAGCUCAUGAACCUCCCGAGAAGCCUUUAGUUCAUAUCAACCGAAGAUUGGCCAUGGAACAUCGUUGUAACCCUGGUAACGACCCAACCUGUAAACACUCAAUAUUUAAUCAGUUAUAUGAUGGGUUAAAACCACAAGAACGGAACUCAAAACCUCUUGACUAUAGGUGGAAUUAUAGACAUGACCAGUGGUGGGAGUGUAAAUUUACAUUAGAAGGAAUUAUAGAUCAAGGUGGCGGGUUUCGAGACAGUUUAUCAGAUAUAGCUGAAGAGUUAUGUCCCUCUAACCCUGAUUGUCCAGUCCCUUUACCUUAUUUUAUUAGAGCACCAAAUCAGGAACAAGAUGUAACUAAUGUAAAUACAGAUGUCUAUGUACCCAAUCCUCUGUGUCUUGAUAAAGAAAAAUUAAUCUGGAUUGGACAGUUGAUGGGAGCUUGUUUUAGAAGUAGAGAAAUAUGUGUGAUAUCAUUAUCAAUGUUUAUAUGGAAAAAAAUAAUCAACCAAACUGUAACAUGGACAACAGAUUUUAGUACUGUAGAUAGUUUAGGGGUAGUUUUAAUAGAUCAACUAGAAACUUUUGACUCAGCAACCUUCAACUCUGUGUCAAGGUCAUGGAGUUAUAUUUCAAGUAAUGGAACUACUGUGAUAUUAAAAAUGGACAACUCGGGAAAUCCCUUGCCAUUGAAAUAUGACCAUCGAGAAGAAUAUUGUAGUAAAGUAAGAGAAUGUCGGAUGAAAGAAUUUGAUGAACAGAUCAACUAUAUCCGAAAUGGGUUAUUACAAGUGAUACCUAAAGCUGUGUUAGAUUUAUUAACAUGGCAGGAACUAGAGAGUAAAGUCUGUGGGGAUCCUGUUAUUUCUAUUGAAGCUCUGAAGAAAUCUACUCAUUAUGAUGAAGUAGAAGAAAAUGAUGACAGAAUAAAAUUUCUAUGGGAAGCCUUGAAGAACUUCUCCAACGAAGAUCGUAGUAAAUAUAUCAAAUUUGUCACUGGAAGACGAAGAUUACCUGCUACUAUUCAAGUCUCAUCAGGGAAAAUUGAUGCUGUCGAUAGUUUACCUGAAUCCUCAACCUGUGCCAAUAUGCUAUAUUUACCUUACUAUUCAAGUGCCAAGGUUGCAGAAGAAAAGAUUCGCUAUGCAGCGUAUAAUUGUGUUGCUAUAGAUACAGAUUUAAAUCCUUUGUUUGACGAAUAA